AUGACGAUCGACCCUGCAGAGACCGACACGUUGAUCGGGUCGCCGUGCUCGACCGACAAGAGCUGCGCGUCGCCCGAGGUCGACAACGUGCGAGUCGACGACGACGCACCCGGCGUGCGCAACCACCCGGCGCCGCCGUACUCGCCGAGCGCCUCGUCGUGGGCUUCCAGGCGUCGCAAUAUCGUGUGGGCAGGCCGACUCGGACUGCUCUGCUUCGCCGCCGCCGUCUACUUCAUGGUCACGCUCGACACGUCUCGACCAUAUACCUGUCCCGACCCGUUCGCCCCUCGGUCCGCCACGUCCUCGCUUGAGCGCAGGUCGAGCACGUUCGUCGUCCCGACCUUGUCGCCCUCGUUCACCUUGGCGCUCAUUCACGACCUGUCGACCUGCAACUCGUUCGAGGUCGUCAUCUCUCGUACCGACGUCGAGCGUUGCAGGCGCGCUGAGUACGAGAUCGAGCCGUCGCUCGACGAGGACCUGAACCAGUGGAUCAAGUCGCGGCUCGGCUCGGAUACGUUUGCCGUCUCAGUCGAGGGCGCCGAGCGGCAGCUCCUCGACGUCCCGAGCGAGUACCUCGGCAACUGCUCGUACGCCUACCGGUUCAACCUCGUCAACGCGGGCCCCGUCUGGAUCACGGUCGAGCUCCUGCACGAGGACUACGAGGGCUUCAAGGAGCCUCGCGAGGUCGUCACGACGCGGCCUGCUCCCGUCCUCGCACGACUACCUCUCCUCGAGGGCCCUCUCAAGGUCGAUCUGUGCCCGUCGAGCUGCGCGCCGUACAUGCCGCCGCGCCUCGUCCCGGACGAGCUUGUCGUCUCCCUGUCGUCGUUCGACGCACCAUCUUCUCUCGGCAACGCCGUCGAGCGGGCCCGUCCGACGCCUCUUCCGCCGUGCAACUCGACCUCGUCUUUCGCCGGCGCCUACCUGCCCCUGCCGCACUACGCCCUCGCCCAUCCACAAGCUCGUCUCCCCGAGUCGACGCGUGCGACGGCAGAGCGGCGAGCGUCCGCCGGCCUGUACACGUAUCACCGGCCGUCGUGCUCGAUGGACCACGCCGGCGUGCGCUUCGUCGACCACUCGCCCUGUCUCGCGAGCCGCCACAAGGCGCUCUUCCUCGGCGACAGCCACGCUCGAGUCGCUUACGACGUCAUCAAGUGGCGACUCGAGGGGCACGACGACUUUGCGCUCGAGAGCCCGAAGGACCUGCUGAAGAACUCGACGUUUGAGAACCUUGGUCUCUACUUCAAAUGGGACUCGUACUUCGACCAAAAGCUCAGCUGCGACUACCUCGACCAGUUCGACUCGAUUACCUUGAGCACGGGCUCUCAUCCGGCGUGCUUCAAGUGCGCGCCGACAUCGCAGUGGGUCAAGCACGUCGAGACUCGCCUACACGACCUCGCCGACCUGCUGCGCACCUGCCCGACCCGAAAGUCGCGGUCCCUUCUUCUCUUCACCUUGCCCUCGUUCCCGCCGGAAAUCGGCCGCAACGACUGCCGCACCGGUCCGCGCAUGCACAGAUGGAGCGAGGAGCUUCGUCGGAUCGCCCACGAGCAGGGUGAGUGGGAGAUCGUCGACGUCGAGCAGUACUCGAGGCCCAUGCAGGACGACAUUCGCCUCUUCGACGGGACCCACUUCCUGCGCACAGAAGCCAUCGACCCCGUCGUCGACGAAAUCAUCGCACGCCUCGGGUUCUGCAGCGAGAGGGCGGUGGGCGAGCAGUUGGCGUAG